AUGGAUCCCCAAAUGAACAAGCUCCUCAAAUGGAGUGUACAAAACACCACCCAGAACGAAGAUGGCGCUCCAGCAUCGAAGCCCACCAGCAACAUAACCCCAGAAAUGAUGAAUGCCCUCUUCGGUGGCCCAUCUGAAGCAGACCUAAUGAAGGCUGCCAUGGAGGUUCUUCAUUCAGAUGACUCCGAUAUGGAAAAUAAGCUUAUUGCUUUUGACAAUUUUGAGCAAAUGAUCGAGGGCAUUGACAAUGCCAACAAUAUUGAACCGCUGGGUCUUUGGUCCCCACUCAUUCAACUACUUGAGCACGAGGACGCGGAAAUGCGCCGUUAUGCCGCGUGGUGCGUUGGCACCGCAGUGCAGAACAAUGAGAAGUCGCAAGCCAAGCUCGUUGACUUGAAGGCGAUACCUAUCCUUGUCAAGGUCGCCACCUCUGACUCAAAACCGGCCACGCGCAAGAAGGCCGUCUAUGCGCUCUCAUCUGCUGUGCGCAAUUACCAACCCACCAUGGACGAGCUUGUCAAGAGCCUCCCAGAGGGCUACACAACCGAGCAUGUCGAUGCGGCUGAUAUGGACACCAUCGAUUCAAUUAUGGACAAGCUGCGAUCCCACCCCGUUGACUCCGCAUGA